UUCCCUCCCCCUUUGUAUGUUCUUAAUUGUUAGAAACGACUGUAGUUCUUAAUAAGGGGUACCAAGAGCUCAUCAACCCUGCCGACAUUGUUCCCGUCCUCGUCAACUACAAUGGCAUUCGACUUGACCUUUCUAAAGAACAGGGGGUGUCUGCUGCUAAUCAAUUCCGCCAACUUGGUGAGUUUUAGCUUAUGGAAACACAGUGGCCCCAGUGGUGAGCAACGCCGAGCGCUCCCGUAGCCGCAGGCAUCUCUUGAGCCUUUCCAGCAGAGGCGGGUAUCGCAGAAUUCUUCUUGGAUGUCUGGAUCAAGCUGUCCAACGUGGUCAGUGCGGAGGCCGCCGUUUACCUGUAAUGCAUGAACAUGUGAGGACGCCUCUGACCGUGAAACAUAGCUGCCUACUUGUCUCCAUAUCUCUCGGUUGCCAAGUGUACGGCGAAGAACAUGGUGUGGAAACCAUUCAUCGGACAUUCCUGUCAUCUUGCCGGAUCGGCGUCGUGGCGCACGGUGAGAACGUGUACGAUCAAGGCCCUGUGCGGCCACAAUUGUCGCAUGAUAUCGAUUGUAGAUUCGCCACUGCAUGUGCUUGACAUCUACACACAAAAAUGACGGGAGAUAUUGCUGCACUUCCUUUCCGCCUGUAAGAUACCAUAUCCAUCCCUUUCCGCAUCUUGACACGUCAGGUUCUGGCUCCCUGCUUCGUCUGCCACUUCUCGGUCGGGUUCCAUCUCCCACAGUCGACGUGGAUUGUAGCUGAGUACAGCAUAAAACGUAAACCCGACUGGCUACACGUCUAUCCUUCAUACCAGAAUCUGGAUGUCGGCAGACCACUUUCGCUCACUCGAUGCUCAAACAAAACGUCAUACAACACGUCAGGAUGAGCCAGCGGGAUGUGCGAAACACUCAACAGUGCCAUCAUUUGGUUGCACGGGUCAUUCAGAGAGGCUUCCCACAACGAAUUCUCGGCCGCAAUGAAUUCGCCAUAUUUCAUCCGAGCCGGUUUGGCGUGUUUGGUUCGCUUUGACGCAGUCACUCCACUCACAUUGUGAUGCAAAUGGACGUAUACAGCGAACCGUUGCCUGUCGCUGGCCAGGGCGAG